AUGUUUGGGAACACACUCAGGCCGCAACGUGAGAAGAGCAGAACCUCCACGUUCAUCGUGACUUUGGAAGAUGAACUUAUACUGGUUGCCAGCAGACUAUUUCCUGAGAGAUCAAGUCUCAACAAUGACUUGAGAGUGAAGAAAAGCCUUACAUCAAUUGGAUUCAGAUAUGACAAGGAAGGCAUAGUGAGGAGAGAAGAAGGAAUGGCUCCAGAGAAGUUAUUACUGGAAAGGUCCAAGAUUGAGAGGCUGGCUAGAUUCCAUAUAAGUGGGAAACCACCAGUGAUCUCGUUCUUGUCAAGGUACAACAAGGUUAGCAUGCUUAGGUUACUAAACGAGGAAGGAACUUGGCCGAUGAAGCCAUUAGAGGAAAGAGCCAAGAUCUCUAACUUGUUGAGAUUGCCUAAGCUGGAAGGAAGGGAAGAGGAGGUGAAACUGUUGAGAGUGAGAUCGAGGCAAAGGCUAUUUGUAUGGAACCCGUAUUUGGCUCAAACCAGAUGGAUUGAGCUCAGAAUUAAUAGGACCAUAACAGAUCAGUGUGCUAUAGGAUACGACAGCAACAAGAACCAUAAACUCCUGUGGCUUUUCUAUGAGUAUGACAAUAAUGAUAAUGUCAAGCAUGAAAUCUACGAUUUUAAGUCUAGUUCAUGGAGGGUUCUUGAUAUCAUCACUCCUAGAAAUUUUAAACGGAUAUGGAAGAGAGGUGUGUCCUUGAAGGGAAAUAGUUACUUUGUUGUUGAUGGGAAAAUAUUAGGUUUCGAUUUUACUAGAGAGAAAUUUGGACCGUUUUUGGAUCUACCAUUUGAAACUCAUAAUAAGAUUCCAUAUUCUUGUGUCAGAGGAGAGCAGCUUGCGGUGCUAUUUCAAAGGCACCUAUAUGAAUUGGUGAUAUGGAUUACAACUGAGAUUAAGCCUGAUGCAGUGUCAUGGAGCAGUUUCUGUAAAGUUGAUAUGAAACCUUUUCUUGGCGACCAUGGGUUUAAAGUUGGCAGUUUCGUCAUUGACAAGGAGAAGAAAGUAGCAGUGGUUUGUGGUGACUGCGAGGAACGUAGAGAUCAUAUCUACAAGGGCCAAUGUUAUGUGGUUGGAGAGGAUGGAUGCUACCAAGAAAAAACGGAUAUGGAAGAUAUUGUGAUCUCUUAUGUUCCAAGUUUGGUGCAGCUCCAAUAA